UGUACACAGGACAGGGAGCAGGGACCAGGAAUGUCCAACCAGGUGGGAAUACAGGGAAGAGAACGGGAAGGAGGAGAGGGAGAGGAGCGGGCUGAGAGGGUAGAAACAGGAGGGAGGGAGUCUGCGUCAGAAACACAGGCCAGCAAAGUAGGAAUGCAGGACAAGGAGACUGCGCGAGACACACAGGACAACAAGGCAUCAGAGGAAAUACAAAGCAGGGAGACAAUGGUAGAAACACAGUUCAGCGAGGCUGCAGUAGAAACAAAUGAGGCUGUGGUGGAAACGCAGGGCAGUGAACCUGUGGUAGAAACGCAGGCAAGGGAGACAAUGGAAGAAACACAGGAUGGUGAGGCAGUGCUAGAAAUGCAGGACAGUGAAGCUGUGUUACGUUUGCAAGACAAUGAGGUUUUAGUGAAAACACAAGACAGCAAAGCUGUGAUAGAUAUGCAGAACAGCAAGGUUGCGAUAGAUAUGCAGGACAGCAAGAUUGCAGCAGAUAUGCAGGACAGCAAUAUUGCGGCAGAUAUGCAGGACAGCAAGAUUGCGAUAGGUACGCAGGACAGCAAGAUUGCGAUAGAUAUGCAGGACAGCAAGAUUGCGAUAGGUACGCAGGACAGCAAGAUUGCGAUAGAUAUGCAGGACAGUAAGAUUGCAGCAGAUAUGCAGGACAGCAAGAUUGCGAUAAAUACGCAGGACAGCAAGAUUGCGAUAAAUACGCAGGACAGCAAGAUUGCAAUAGAUAUGCAGGACAGCAAGAUUGCGGCAGAUAUGCAGGACAGCAAGAUUGCGAUAGAUAUGCACAACAGUGAGGCUCUGGUAGAUAUGCAGGACAGCGAGAUUGCGAUAGAUAUGCAGGACAGCAAGAUUGCGAUAGGUACGCAGGACAGCAAGAUUGCGAUAGAUAUGCAGGACAGUAAGAUUGCAGCAGAUAUGCAGGACAGCAAGAUUGCGAUAAAUACGCAGGACAGCAAGAUUGCGAUAAAUACGCAGGACAGCAAGAUUGCAAUAGAUAUGCAGGACAGCAAGAUUGCGGCAGAUAUGCAGGACAGCAAGAUUGCGAUAGAUAUGCACAACAGUGAGGCUCUGGUAGAUAUGCAGGACAGCGAGGUUGCGAUAGAUAUGCAGGACAGCAAGAUUGCGGCAGAUACGCAGGACAGCAAGAUUGCGAUAGAUAUGCACAACAGUGAGGCUCUGGUAGAUAUGCAGGACAGCGAGGUUGCGAUAGAUACACAGGCCAGCAAGGUUGCGAUAGAUAUGCAGGACAGUGAGGCUCUGGUAGAUACGCAGUACAGCGAGGUUGCAAUAGAUACACAGGACAGUGAGGUUGACAUAGAUAUGCAGGACAGCGAGGUUGCAAUAGAUAUGCAGGACAGUGAGGCUCUGGUAGAUACGCAGGACAGCGAGGUGGCGAUAGAUACACAGGACAGUGAGGUUGAGAUAGAUAUGCAGGACAACGAGGUUGCAAUAGAUAUGCAGGACAGUGAAGCUCUGGUAGAUAUGCAGGACAGCGAGGUUGCAAUAGAUACACAGAACAGUGAGGUUGCAAUAGAUAUGCAGGACAGCGAGGUUGCAAUAGAUACGCAGGACAGUGAGGUUGCAAUAGAUAUGCAGGACAGCGAGGUUGUGAUAGAUAUGCAGGACAGCAAGAUUGUUUUGGAAAUACAGGACAGAAACUCUCUGCCACAUAAGCAGGAGAGGGAGGCUGUAGUGAAAUUGCAGGGCAAUGAGCUAGUGGCAGAUGUACAGGAAGAUGAGGCUGUGGUAGGAAUACAGUGCAGAGAAGUUGGGGUAGUACCACAGGACACUGAGGUUGUAGCAGAAACGCAGGAUGGUGAGGCUGUGGCAGAAACGCAGGCCAGUGAAGUUGUAGCAGAGACACAGGACAGUGAGGCUGUGGAAGAAAUGCAGGAUGGUCAGGCUGGAGCAGAAAUGCAGGAUGGUCAGGCUGUAGCAGAAAUGCAGGACAGUGAGAUUAUAGCAGAAACGCGGGACAGUGAGGCUGUGGCAGAAACGCAGGACAAAAAGGGAAUAGUUGAAACACAAAACUGGAAGUCAGAAACAAAAAGUAAAGAGCCUGCAUCAGGAACACAGCUCCAUGAGCCAGUUGACAGGUUGGUAAAUGUGGGAACACAGGACAGUGAACUAGAAUACAGCGUGCUGGGGUCACAAACACAGGACAAGACACUAGUGGAGGAAACACAGGAGAAGCUGCUGGAAUCAGAACAGGAGGACAGAAAACCUGCAUCAGAAACGCAGGACCAGGAUAGGCAGCAACAAACACCAGAUAGAGAAACCGGGUCAGAAACACAGGAUAGUGAUGCAGUCAUAGAAACAAAGGAAGGGGAGGCAGGUCCACAGUUACAGGACAUGGAGACAGAAACACAAGACCAGCAUGUGGAGGAUGAUAUACGUGACAUGGAGGCUGAACCAAAAACACAGCACAGUGAGGUCAUGAUAGAAACACAAACUAGGGCAGAAGGUAUAGAAAUACAGGCCAUGAAGUCUAGGUCAGGAACACAGGACAGAGAGGUAUUGCAAGAAAUGCAGGGCAUGGAGGAGGAAAUGGAGGACAGGGCACUGGAGAUAGAAGUACAGUACGAGGAGGGAGAGGUGCAAGUACAGGCCGCAGAGCUCGUGUCUGAAAUACAGGACCAGCUCUGGGAAGCUGGAGUGCUAAAGAGAAUGUUUGGGUUGGAAAUGCAGAACAGGACAGUAGCAGAAACACAGGACAGGGGGCUGGUAUAUACAGCACAGGAGGUGGUGGCUGGUGCAGAAACACAGGACAGGGAGCUGGUAUAUACAGCACAGGAGGUGGUGGCUGGUGCAGAAACACAGGACAAGGAGCUGGUACAUAGGACACAGGAGGUGGGAGCUGGGGUAGAAACACAGGACAGGGGGCUGGUACAUACGGCACUAGAGGUGGGGGCAGGUGCAGAAACACAGGACAGGGAGCAGGUAUGUACGACACAGGAGGUGGGGAUUGGUGCAGAAACACAGGACAGGGGACCAGUGUUCCAACCACCGGUGGGACUGCACGGUUUAGGUGUGCAAGACACAGGUCUGGGGACGGAGACGCGGGACGGAGGGGCCCUGAACAGCAGCCACAGUGCUCAGCAAGAUCCCAGGAGCCAGGCAGCAGCGGGAGAUCGCUGGGAUGUGGAGGCGGCAGGAUUCCGGGAAGUGGGAAUGGCGAAAGGUACAGCAGUGGAACAUUGCGGCUCUCUCACUCCCGCAGCGGGACACCGGACCAUCCCGGAGCCGGAGACGACCGAUGCUGGGACACCUUCCCGGCCCAGGGGAGCGGGCUCAACGUUCCACUGCACGGAUUAUGCGCCGGGACCCAGUGACCACACAGCACGGCCGGAGGAUGCGGGAGUCCGGCCCGGCCCCCAGGGCGGAGCGGGAGAUGUCGGCACCGUGGGAUCAGGCGCUCCCUGACCGGCAGGGUGGGAACCCCACCCACAGCCGGGUUUCUCAACAGUUCUGUCCUUUGUGUGGGCCUCAGACAUCAGACGUCCAGCCAAUCACCAAUCCAAGGCCACCUGGACACCGUGGUCCACGCCUGUUAGCCGUAGACACCCCACGCUGGUUACCUCUUUUCCCCU